AUGAGUGGCCUCUGGAAUGAGAAGGAAUGCCUGCCUUGCCUGCCUGGUCACUACUGCAGGCACGGAAAACUGGAAGGGAAAUGUGCUGCUGGAUAUUUCUGCCUGGCUGGGAGCACUCAGGCUGCUCCCCAAGGCCUCCCCUUCUCCUGGCGCUUCCUGGCCGGGUGCCGCUGGGGCCAGGUGUGCGCAGGGCUGUGUCCUGCAGGUUACUACUGCUUGGAGGGGUCUGAGGUGCCCACUCUGUGUCCUGCCAACACCCUCAGGGCUCUCCCAGGGGCUGGCAGGAGGGAGGAUUGCCUGCCCUGCCCACCAGGCCACUGGUGCAAAGCAGGGGACUCUGAGGCCCAUCUGUGCCCAUUGGGACACUACUGCUUUGGGGGCAAUGGCAGUGACCCCAGCAGUGUGCUGUCCCCCCAGGAGUGCCCCCCACACACCUUCCGUGGGCACCCAGGAGCCAGGAGUGUGGCAGAGUGCCAGCCCUGCCCACCAGGGUACCACUGUCCUGUGUCAGGCCUGACCAGCUUUGAGGAUUAUCCCUGUCCCCCUGGCUACUGGUGCCCUGGCAAAGGGGACACUUUCCUCUGUCCAGCUGGCACUUCCAGGAUCCAGCCUGGUGCAAAAUCCUUGGAAGAGUGUGAUCCCUGCUCACCUGGAUAUUACUGCCCGGAUCCAGUGCAGACAGGGCUCCCCAACACCCAGGGAAUACCCUGCAAACCUGGCUAUGAGUGCCCAGCAGGGUCAGUAAAUCCCAAGCCCUGCAGGCCUGGCUCUUACUGUGCUGCUGUGACAGGAGAGCCUCCCCUGUGUCCUGCUGGCUACCACUGUCCUGAGGGCUCCUGGACUUACACCAGCCCCGAGCAGCUGUGUGUGUUCCCAUACUACUGCCCCCCGGGCAGUGCCCACCCCAUGCCCUGUGAAGGAGGGCACAUGGCCCUCAGCCUGCCUGGCCUGAGGGGCUCAGCUGAGAGAUUCUGCAGAGUUUGUGCUGCAGGGACCUUCCGCAGCGAGCCCCUGAUCUCAGCACCCUGCCAGCCCUGCCCAGCUGGCUUCACCUGCCCACCAGGCAGUGACAGCUACCACGAGCAGCCUUGUCCCCGUGGCCACUACUGCCCCGCGCUGUCCCCUGCCCCGCUGCCCUGUCCCCCAGGCACCCACGGCAGCACCUCCUUUGCCAAGCACCCCGGGGACUGCCAGCCCUGUCCUGCUGGCACCUUCAACCACCUCCCUGCCCAGGCUGCCUGCUUCCCCUGUGGCAGCUCUUCGUCCUCUCAGCCAGGUGCCACCAGCUGCAGCUGCCAUGGGCUGAACAGAGCUUUCCAGCACUCAGAUGCCUCCUGCAUCUGCCAGGCAGGUUUUGUUUAUUAUGAUGAGAGAGGCAAGAAAGACCCUGACAGCAACAGUGACCAGGAUUGCAGACCUCAGGUGGAUGAGCUGUGUGCCCCUGGGCAGGUGAGGCUGGCGUCCACGCGCCGCUGCGCUGCCCCCGAGCGCCAUGACUGCACCGCCGCCUGUGGCCCCGCGGGAGGGCAGCUCCACGCACAGCUGGGCAUAUGUCACUGCAGGCAGUACAUCUCUGCUGAGGAGCUCUGUGACCAGCUGUGCCUGCUGAGAGCCCCACACAUCUCCCUGGGCUUUGGCAGCCACAGAGAGCUGCUGCUGAGGGUCAACCAGGGGCAAGUGAGGGAGGUGUCCAACGUUCUGGGCCCAGAUGAGCACGUGCAGAGCAGCCAGAGGGUGCAUUUGGUGCUGUUCAGUCCCCAGGGAGUGCUGGGUUUCAUUGUCUCCAGCACAGAAGUUCUGGAUGCAUUUCUCAUGGGAGAUUUUUCCUGGGAUCAGCUGCUGCAGAAAGGGCCCAGAGUCCAGAGGAACUCCCCCAAAGACAGCCAGGCCUUGCCCCUCAUCCCUAACCCAGUGGUGUGUCUGGAGGCUGGGGACACCAUCCUUUUCCAGCUCAGCAUCAAUUCCCAGGACCGUGCCUCCAGCCAUUACCCCGUUUACCAGAAGCAGCAUCUCUACAACAACAACCCAGGCUGGGAUUUCGGACCCUUCCGGAGGCUGGAGCACCUGAUCCAGGAGACUCAGCUCAACCUCUCCUGGUUUGCCCACGUUUUCCUGGAGCCUGGGACAUUCGUUUUCAGGGACAGCUCUGUGCAGGAACAUUUCCUGAUUGUGACAGUGAACCAAGCCAACGUGAGCUGUGACCCUGGGGACGUGUCCUUCCAGCCCUCCUCCCUGUUCCAGCUGGCCAGACACGGGAUUCUGAAGCAGCAGGAUCUGAACUUGGCUCCCAACUGGACUGCCAUCACAGCGAUCCUCUUUGUCCUGGGCUUCCUUGUGGUGGUGCUGACCACCCUGGCCAUCGUGUUCCAGCCUGCUGGCCCCAAAAUUAGCCCACUGAAGAGCUGGAAGCCACGAUGGAGGAGUCUGGGGGAGCCACACAUCCCACCAGAGUACAUCCUUCUUAAGGACAGCCUCAAGUUCUAUCAGAUGCUUGGUCCUCGUGGAUCUGGAGAAGACGUUGACUCUGGAGAGAAAGGAGCAGUGCCCAGUGCAGAAAACAGCUCUGCACCCCGGCUGCUGGAGGAUUUCAGUGUCCGGACCCUCUAUGACAAGCUGGAGGAUCAGAAUUUGCACCUGGCCUCUCAGCUGGCCAAGCACAGGAUGGACGUGCUGGGCUUCCACAGUGGGGUCAGCCAGAGCAUCCAGAGCCUCAUGGACACGGUGCAAGCUGUGGAUUGGGAAGCCCUGAAAACCUUUUCCAGGCAAGGGAUUUGUGGGCUGGAAGCUGCAGAGCAGAGCUGGGCAGCAGUGGGUGCUGAGCUGAGGGAUGGACACUGGAACUUCCAGCCAGGGGCCCCUUGGCAAGAGGUGACAGAGUUAAUGAGAGCUCUGGAGGUGCUGCUUGGGAAAGCUGCUGACAGGGAUAGAGCUGCAAACCCAGAGAUGGAGCUCGGGAUCCAAGCUCAGGCUGCAGUGGGAGCUGCACCCAGUGAGAACAAACCAGAAGGGCAGGAUCCUGAGCUGUCUCAGCUCUGGGAGCUGUUCAGCAUGAAAGAUGCUUUUUCCAGCCUGCCUGGGCAUGAAGAGCAUGGCUCAGAUCCCCACUUGGUUUAUCUGACUGAGCUGGAGGUGGAGGGUCUGGUGGCAGCUUCCCCCCUUGCCAAGACUCUGUGUGAGAUCAAAGAAGCUUUGGUGAAUCUGCAGCAACCCUCAGCCCUUGGUAAUUCAGGCAGCAAACAUCCAACCAGCCUGGGGAGCUCAGCCCUCUUCUGACUGCUGGAUUCCUGGGAUAAAAAAAGAGGAGCUGCAUUCUCAGAGCAUUGAAGAGACAGAAGCAGGAAUAUUUCAUGUUCUGCACAGUAAAAUAGCCACCAACUCAUUUCCUGGAGGAGCUGAACUUAUCCUGGGCAAAAAAGUUGGAUUGGGGAGGGAGGAGGUGCUGGCAUAGAGCAGCUUUACCUGAAGUAUCAGAACAGACAGAUUUAAUUAUGUAUUUGGUCAAAUAUGUGAUGAGGCACCCAUAUUCUUUUUUCUUAACCUUGAAAUAUUUUCACAUUUGCUGUGGAUUAUCAAUAAUUUCCAGGCUGGAGAAGGAGCUGAAGUCCUUGGUGUUGCUAAUUGUGUGGUUUUUGUUGUUAAGUCAA